GCGAUGACGUCAAAUCGGGAACCUCAUAUUUCACACACAUGUUGUUCCGCUUGUUUUUGAACUACGCCGAACGAGGAAGGCUACAACAAAUCUGUAAAUUCUGUUGUUUUUGGAUAUGUCUGCUUCUGAAUCUUACUCAGACGACAAUUCGACAUCAUAUGACUCAGAUUCGGAUGUAGUUGAGGACUAUGAGCUCGAAGUGGAAGAAUUUGACUCGCCUUCAGAGCAAGACGAAGGGCCGUCAACCUCGCCGUCAACUCAAGGCCAAGCAGACAUGCCAGACAACACUAUCAAUAGCGUUGGGGCAGUGGCUGUUCCAUACGAGGAUGAGCCUAUAGCGGAUGAUGAUUGGGUCGAGAAGUACGAAGAAGAAAGAGAGACUGAUAGGAUUCGAUUUGAAACCCUCGAGGAACGUUUAGACGGGACAAUUCCAACAAGUGACUGGUGCAAGUGUAACAACUGUGACACAAGUUUGCUGCAGAAUGUGUACGAGGCUCAAUGUUGCCAGGAAAUAGACAGAUGCACCAAGGCACUGUGUUCAGAUGAAGUGCUCCAAGAUGUCGAAACACCACCUACUUGUGUGUUACAUCACCCAGGAUUUCGAAUUAAUUGCCUGGAGAAAUGGUCCUUAAGAAUGGCUGCACCAAAAUACAAAACUAAAAGUCGUAGAAGAUAUCGCCAACAAGGAUCAGAAGAAACAUACUUGCGGUCAAUAGCAUACAGAGAAUUUUCUCAGCUUGUUUAUGGAAUACUGGGUCGACUGCGAAUACCCUUACCAGCUUGUGCAUAUAAUGCAAUUCGCACAAAAUUUCUAACACAUGAUGAAGCAUUUACUGGAUUUGAUGAAGAUAUAUCAGACUAAUAAACAAUUAUCAUGAAUUAAAGUUCAUUUUUUAUUAAAUUUUUUACUAUGGAGUUAUUUCUUGCUUUU